AGAUCAGCCAAGGCCAAAAAUCUCGACGAUUGGCUCCCGAUUACUUCUUCUAGGAAUGCAAAAUGGUGGUUUUCUGCUUUCCACAAUGUCACAGCUAUGGUUGGAGCUGGAGUCCUCGGUCUCCCUUAUGCCAUGUCCGAGCUUGGAUGGGGUCCUGGUUCAGUGAUAAUGAUUAUGUCAUGGAUCAUAACUCUGUACACACUAUGGCAAAUGGUAGAGAUGCAUGAAAUGGUUCCCAGAAAGAGAUUCGAUCGGUACCAUGAACUGGGUCAGCAUGCUUUUGGUGAGAAGCUUGGGCUUUACAUUGUGGUUCCACAGCAACUAAUGGUGGAAGUUGGAGUGAACAUAGUGUACAUGGUCACCGGAGGGAAAUCGCUGAAAAAAUUCCAUGAUAUAGUGUGUUCCGGCUGCAAACCGAUCAGAACAACCUACUUCAUCAUGAUCUUUGGCUCAGUUCACUUCUUUCUCUCCCACCUCCCCAAUUUCAACUCCAUCACUUUCGUCUCCCUUGCAGCCGCAGUCAUGUCCUUGAGUUACUCUACUAUAGCUUGGGUGGCUUCUGCCCAUCAUAAGGGGAUUCAAGCAGCAGUGCAGUAUGGCCCAAGGGCGGCAAGCACUGUGGGAGGAGUGUUCGGCUUCUUUAGUGCUUUGGGUGAUGUUGCUUUCGCCUUUGCUGGGCACAAUGUGGUGCUAGAGAUCCAGGCAACAAUCCCUUCCACGCCCGAGAAGCCCUCCAAGAAGCCAAUGUGGAAAGGGGUCGUAGUUGCCUACAUUGUUGUGGCCUUGUGCUACUUCCCGGUUGCUCUCAUUGGCUACUGGGUGUUUGGAAACAGCGUUGAGGAUAACAUCCUCAUAUCGCUCGAGAGACCUGCUUGGCUCGUUGCAAUAGCUAACCUUUUCGUUGUAGUCCAUGUCAUUGGAAGCUAUCAGGUCUUUGCUAUGCCUGUGUUUGACAUGAUGGAAUCCUGGUUGGUGGUGAAAAGAAAAUUUCAGCCGACCAGAUGGCUUCGCUUCAUAACACGAACUACAUAUGUUGCACUUACUAUGUUCAUUGCAAUGUCAUUCCCCUUCUUUGGUGGGCUUCUCAGUUUCUUUGGGGGAUUUGCUUUUGCUCCCACAUCAUACUUUCUUCCUUGCAUCAUGUGGCUUUCCAUCUACAAACCAAAAAGAUUUGGCUUAUCUUGGUUUGCAAAUUGGAUUUGCAUUCUGCUCGGCAUCAUACUGAUGGUCUUAGCCCCCAUUGGCGCAUUGAGGCAGAUUAUACUUCAAGCCAAGGACUAUCAAUUCUACUCUUGA